ACCAGCAGAGUGCUCUUGACUGUCUCGUUUAGAUGCAGCACAAACCCCUAAAAAGCGAGUAGUGUGUUGUGAGCUGUGUUUUGAGUGAAACGUAUUUUAUUGGAAAUCUCUCCUGCUGGUGACAGGACUAUAUCCGUUGCUUGAUUGGAUACCUGUGCCGAUGAUGUUCGGAAGUAUCAAAAUUUUUAAUGUAAACCACAAACAUGGACGUUGUUAGUGUAUGAUGAUCUUAGGAAUAUCAGGUGCUUGUUGUGUUUAAACCGCAGCGGUAGAUUUUUUUUAUACACGUUUAUUGUGCAAAUUUUAAUUGUAAUUGAAACUUAAAUUUCAAUGCUUUUGAGGAAGCUAUAUAAACAUUGCGGUUAGGAUUAUAUAUAUACAUAUAUAAACCCCGAGAUCUAUUCUUGUUUUUAUUUUAAUUUUAUUAUCCUUUGGCACGAUUUCAAGUUCAUGUUACCCAGUUUAGCACCUGCUUUUUUUGUAACAAUUUUUUUUAUUUAACUUCAGAAGUCUCAUUGUGUUUAUCUGAAUUAACUGCGUGUCGAAAAUACUUUGAAAAAAAAAAGUUUUUAAUUUUAUAACAUGCGUGUUUACUAAACAUUAUUUGAAGCAAAAUCAUUUUACGAUAUAAAAUGGAAAUUAUUACAUUUUGAAGAAGAAAUAAAAGGAUGAAGAAAUAAAUGAAUUGUUAUCGUCAUUCCGAUGGAUAAAUCGUCAGUUGGAUAUUGAAUGAAAACAAGAAUGAAGUGCGAAACAGGAACUAUGGAUUUAUCGUCUGCUAUUAAAAUUCUGGGCAAAGGCGGCGGUUAUCAAAGGUGGUGGAGCUGGGACUAUAAAUUAUCGUUUGGUGACUGUUUUAAUGGUGCCUCUUCUCAUGAUAGCAACACGAGUGGUGUACGUACGGACAUAACGAAUGAUUUUUUAAGAAAAUCAGGGAAAGUGUUACUGUGUUUGUUUAUCCUGUUUCUGCAAGGACCUGUACUAGUCAGCUGUGAUACGUGUAGCUUUCCGAGCCGCUGGACGGGCAGCUGGUUCCAGAAGGGCAGCCCCGAUCCCAUCCGAAUCUACAACGGCACCAUCUCCACCAAGGGAACGUGCAGGGAGAACGAUAAGGACAAAUUCCUCAUAGAAAACACGCUGGAAAAGUGCUACCGGUGUGUAGUUUUACACGAGAAACAUAUAAAUGUCUUACAGUAUAAAGAAAGCCAUUGCUCAAGCACCUUUCUUCACCAGAGUCUGGAGACUUUAUGUGCAGAAAUCAACGGAGAUGCACUUCUCUAUUCCAUGUUCAGAUUCAAUACACCUGCCGUGCCGUGUCCCUUCAAGGGUUCGUUCGUGUUCAACUAUAGCAGGGGCCACGGCGAGUGCGCCAACCCCCCGUCCACAGUGGACUCCUGCACCGACGAUUCGCACCUCCUGCUGAGGUUCCAGGCAUGUGCCGACGUUAUUGGCUCCGAGAGCAGAACGGAAGAACUCGUCUGCUUGGCAACAUGGAAAGAGGGUUCCACUCGCUACCUGGUGGGCAAACUCGAGCACCGUGUGGCGAAAGCCGAUGAAGACAAAUUCAGGUGUUUCGUAUAUGAGCAAACGGAAGAUGGCAAUGGUUACCUUGUGGCACAAUCCGGCGAUGCUACUUGCGACGGCCUUUUCACACCCCUGGAAGGUUCCAGAACGAUGCGACUCACCAAAGCCAACCAUCCUCACGCCAAGUGCCACUACCCCGAGUGGUUUACUGUGUAUCGCCACUGGAGGGGGCUGGACGGACGCUUGGCCUAUGACAUCAGCCACAAAAACGGGUCCUUCCGAGUGUCCAACGCCACGACGGGAGAUGUGGUCAAAAGGGUGGUCUGCACGCAGGAAGCACCGCCGCAUCACCACUACUCUUCCGUGGCCGGUGCUUCUACCGUGCCGCCAUCUAGCGGCAGUAGUAAAACUUACGCACAGUUUGUGGUCCACGUUACUUCAGGAUGUAAUAGUGGAUAUGCCUGCUUAAGGAUUCACAAGAGAGCCCCGCAUGUGGUGGAACUACAAACGACUAAUCGUUUAUCACCCCUUGCUUCGGAUGCGUGCCUUGGAGUCAAUUUCGAACUCAAUCCAUCAGAAAUCGUCACUCUCACGACUCAAUCCUAUGGCUCUCUGGAAUGUCCAAUAGCUGGCAUCUACUCGUUGGAGGGCAAUUCCAGACACCUGUCCAGACUGAUCUCUCUGAACACGGAAGAAUUCUGGACUUGUGCGGGAACCACUACCCUCACCUCGGGGUGUUCGGCUGUCGACAAGAUGGAGUUAUUACAGGACUGUGCCACAGAACGGAAAGCCAAAUCUUUUCAAUGCCGUGGCAGUUGGGAGGAAAAUGGAAUAAGUUAUGUCAUAGCAACUGCUGUUGGAACGAGGAAGCAUCUUUGCUUGGCAUACACUGUGAGCGAUCGAAUCAUUCAGUUCUCCGGUAGCAUGGAAGAGUGCCUCAGGAACGUUCAAAUAGGCAGAGAAGGGCUCAUAGCUAUCAAUGGAACUAACAGAGGUUACUGUCCAACUACUGAUGCAGCUCCACUAUCGUCCCACUACAACAUCUACAUUACUGUACUAUCUAUACUAGUAGCCAGUGCAGCAAGAAUCUUCAGUUCACGGUGAUACUCUCGCAUCCAUCGACGUCAAAUAUUUUAAUGAUUGUACUAUCCAAUGCUAAUGUACAGACUCCAGAAAUGACUGUUGUUUCAAGAGUUUUCCAUUUCAGAACUCUAAAAGUGGGAUGAACUUUGUAAAAAAAAAAAAAAAAUAGACUCGCCUACAAACAAAAAAAUCCAACAGUUUUUUGCUCAGAAAGUCAAGCCUUUAAAUUAAAGAGAAAACUGCGUGGGAAACUCCUGUUUUCCUCGAAUGAAAACUAUUUCCCACUUAAAAGUUUUCAUAUUUGUUACUACACACAGUUCUGAUGUAUAAAUAUGAAAAAAGAAAACAUUUCACUGUUGUUGAAAAGGGGGGGGGGAGAAGUUGUUAUAUACAAGAAGCCUUUCUGUCAUAUCUUGAUAUAAGCUAUUAUGGUUAGGGAACUUUGCCUAUUAUGUGUGGUUAUAUGAAAUGUGUUAUAUUAUUAUCAAUAAUUUUUUUUCUCUUAUCCCUUCCCAAAGAUGUGUUUAUGUGUAAAAUAUGAUCCAAAAAAAAAAACCGAGGACAAUCAGUAUGUGCUCAUUUUAUAGCUUUACAUAUUAAAACGUCAAAGCUAGCUUAUAUUGUUGUAUACUAAAUCUUUGCCAUGAAUAGUGUCUGAUUUUGAUUCAGUUGUGUUUGAUUGUGGGUAUAUACAAAACAAUUUGGUGGCGUUGUUUUUAACGACAGCCUAUGGUUCUUGAGUACGGCCCUAGAAAUACUAGUACAAGUGGCACACUUUAGUAUAUUGCUGCAUAUAAUUUUUUUUAUUAUAAUUAUUAUUUCCUUUGUAGUGUCCUGUAGAAUUAAUUCUAUGGCCAGAAUAGAAUUUGCAACUACAAUAUUGCAAGAUACAGAAGAAGUUCCUUUGUAAUUUUUUUGUACCAUUUUUAUAGCUAGGUACAAGGAUUAUUAAACUUUGUUUCAUUCUUAUAGCAAGAUUUUUAAAAAUAUCGCUUUUUUCUAUUAUUGAAGUUAAUUGUGCCAUUUUGGCGUAAUGUAGACAUUACUAAUAAAAAUUUCGUUUUGUAUCAUUAUGAACUGCAAAACUAUUAUUUUGAUCUAUCAUGAUUUUCAAAAUUUAUAUCAUUUUUUUUUUGUUUGUUCUAUAGUGAUUUCUAAAAAAUAUAUCAUUUUAUUCCAUUAUGAUUUUCAAAAAUUGCCAAUUUGUUCUGUUAUGAUUUCCAAGAAUUAUGCUAUUUUGCUCUAUUAUAAAUUUCAAAAUUUGUCAAUUUUGUUCCAUUUUGUAGCUAAUUAUAAGAACAUUCUGCCAUUUUCUUCUCUUUUUUUUGUGUGACAAAGACAACUAAGAAAUAAAAGUUGUCUUUAAUUGUAUUUUUUACAAAUAAAGAUUUUAUUUCAUUUUUUUUUUUUUAUUCUAAAGAGAAACUUCAAUAUCCUGAAAAAUGUAAAUUCUUUUAAUAUGAAUCCUCAAGUUGUCCUGUUCAUCUCUUAUAAUGUUUCUGUAUAAUUAUUUUUUUGUGUGAGUUUAUGUGUUAGGAGUUAUAUUUUUAUACCUUUUGGGCUGUUUUGCCAAAUAGUCCUAAGCGAUGAUAAGUGAAAACGUUUGCAAGAUAUGAGUCUUGAAACAAUGUUUCUGUAAGUAAUAUUUCUGCUUUCCCAUAAUGGGGAAGUGUGUAAUUUUUUACUGUAAAUUUAUAAAGUGUUGAUUUUUCUUCUCUUCAAAGAUUAAAUACAUAAAAAUUUUGCUCAAAAUCUGUAAAAAUAAUUGCUCUUUAAGUAAUACCGGCAAAAUGAUUUAACUUUAAAGCUUGUAAAAUUUUAAUCCAAUAUAUUUGGGUUUCCUUUUUCACGAAAGGAAAUUGUGAUUUUGUAUAAAUGUAAAGAAAAAUUGUUUUAUGAUAUGCUGUGUACAAAUUUGUGUUUAUUUUAUUCAAUUAUAUUUUUGUGUGCUUUGAAUAUUGGUGCAAAACUAUAAGAUAUAUUGUAAAUCUCUCCAAUACUGAAGUUGUGAAAAAUUUUCAUUUUAAGAAAAAUUGCAUCUCUAAAGGUAAUUAUUAUUCUAAUCUUUUCCCUCUGAUUAGCUUUAAAUUUACGUAUUAAAUUGUUCAAGGCUAUGUAUUUAAAUUGCAAUGCUUUGGCAUAUAUAUAUAUAUAUUGGAUUAGGUAGUGUUAUAACAUUCAUACCUUCAUAGCAUAAAUAUAUCGUACAAUAUUUUUUAACAAUAUUGUACAUUUUUUUAAGUACUAUUGUUAGGGUAUAUUGCUAUAUGGGUGUUAUCCAAUUUCAUAAAUUCCGAAUUAUCAGCAAAUUUUUGUAUUAUUAUUGUAUUACUAUUGGUUAAAAAAACCCAUAAAACUCUAAUUGAAUUUUAAGUCUUUGUUAAAUUGAGUUACUUACUAAACGAAGAUUCUGAUCUGGAUCUGAACAUUUUUUGCUUUAUAGGGACAAAAAAAAAAAAAAAAACACACGAUGGAUUAGACUUUUAAUUUUAAUGUAAGCAUUUGCUGAUUUAAGUGCAAAAUCAAAGUAUUUGAAAUUGUAUCGGUCAAUUUGUAUUUAUUUUCAAAUUUAAGUACAUAUUGAAUUAAAUAUUAUAUUAAUAAGGAAUUUUAAUAAAAUUGAAUUUUUUGUCGAUAUAUUUGGUAUGAAGGAAAAAUUCAUGCGGCCUUUAAUUUAAUUUCAAAUUUGUGUUGAAUUUAGUGUUACUUCAGUCACAGUAUCAUAAAAAAACUUAAUACAUACGACGAUCUUGCAUUUUAAUUUAAGUCUUGUUAAAUUAAAUAUUAUUCUCAAAGCAAAAUCUUAAUAUAGAAAUUUGGCAUGAAAUGAAUAAGGAUUUUAAUUUAACGUCAGUAUUUGCUAAAUUAAAAACUAUUCGAAUCAAUGUCCUAAAGAAAUUUAAUGUAUAAAUUUAUAAUACAUGCUUUGAUUAAAUGUUAUUCUUAUUGAAAUUUAAAUGAAAAUGUAAUCCUAGUUCAACAGAAUUAACAUUUGAAAGGGAAAAACUCGUAUCAUAUUUAAUUUUAAAUUAUUUUAAUUAAAAUUUUAGUAAAGUAUGUCAUUUUUUUUUCAUAUUUGUAAUAAAUUCAACAAAUACAAAAGCUUUUCGUUUAAAUUCAAGUACAAGUUAAAUUAUUAUAAUAAUUGAAUUUUGGCAACACAUUAUGUAUAUGACCUUUAAUUUAAAUUUUCGUACCUUUUAUAUUAAGUAUGAUUUUGAUUGAAACUUACAGGAAUAUAAGUAAAUAUUUCCCAUAAAAGAAAUUUUUAAAAAGCCUGUAAUUUAAAUUUAAAUACAUUUUAAACUAAUUAUUAUAUUAAAGGUUAAGUUUUAUCAAAAUUAAUAACUUUUGAAUAUCAGUCCGAAACAACAUGAUAUAUAUCUGUUUAUGAUUUUUAAAAAUACAUCUCUGUGUUUAAUGCAAUCGACUUUAUAAUAAGCCUUUGAUAUUUAACUUAGGUAAAUUAUCAUAAUUGAUGAUGACUUUCAUAAAAAUGCAAUAGUAAUAAAGAUAAACAUUUUACCGAUUAGGAAUUUGCUAAGAAAAAAAAGUCAAUAAAUUUUGAAUACAUCAUUUUGUAUGGGAUUUUAAACAUACAAGACAACUUCCUAAAUCUUUGUGAGAGUGCUGUUUUACUUCUGUUCAUUUUCAACGAUGAUGCUAGCUGUGGAAAAGGAAAGGUGUUGGCUGGAAAAAAUAAACCAUUUCGUAUCAAACGGUGCCUUGAACACUCGCCUGAACUCUAUUCUCCGUCUCAGGCAGUAUUUUUCUCCUUAUAUAUAUAUUCUGUUUCCUCUGCGUCAUACGCACGAAUUGUGAUAGAAGGCUAUGGCCUGCCUGGGGGUUCAUUUAAUAUGUAAACGACCCCUAGAUUUUCUCUUUUCUUGCUAGAGGUCGAUUAAAUUAAUAAAGAUAGUAAAAAA